AUGAUUGCUAGUACAUCAACACGUAAUUCAGUUAAUCCUCAUCAAUCAUAUUCAACAAUUAAAAAAGAAGUUGCAACACAAACAUAUGGAAUUUAUUAUCCAAGUGCAAAAGAUAUUGAUUUAAUUAUAACACAAAAUAAAAAAUUAUUAAAUGGAAAAGAAUUAAAAGAAUAUCGUCCAAUUUUAACAUCUAGAAGUCCAGGAAAAGGAUAUUGGCGACAACAAUUAGAUCAUAUUUGUGCUCAUUUAAAAACUUAUGCAGUUAAUCGACCAGAUUUUCAAUCAUUGAUUGGUGAACCACGUAUGGGUAAUAUGAUUCAUGCAACUGUACAUGAAAAUGAAUAA